UCUCAGUAAGAUCAGUUAGCCGACCAGGCGUUACAUUUGAGUUCAACCAGCAGCCAUCGUUUCCUGACUUCCUGCUAGCGGCCUGCUUGUUGUGCCGGGGAGACAUUCGAUUGUCUGACACCAGCCCAGUUUAUCAACCUAACCCAGUGGAACUAUCCUCUCCAUGGAUCUGCCUGUCUUCGUCGUGUCUUUGUGUCUUGUCUUUCGUGUCUCGUCUUUCCCGACGGGCGGUCCGUUGUCUGCAUGCAGUCACCUGAUGCCCGUACACAUAGACGGGGAGCUGCAGGAGGGCGCCCCGCCCUACGUGCUCAUUCUCAACGACACAACAUACGGGUCACACCCGCUCAAGUUGACUGUGUCGGCCAUUGGCCCAAGUGCCCGCGACUUUAUGGCCUUCAUGCUGCAGGCCCGGUCAGAGUUUGGCCAGACGGCUGGCCACUUCGCUGAGGUCCCGAUGGCCUCCAAGACGAUGACGUGCUAUGGCGAUGACGACACACUGACCCACACAGCCGCCUUCAUCAGGCCAUCCAUGGAGGUCACGUGGUACCCGCCUCCCAAAAAUAUCGGGAAAAUUUCUAUCACCGGCUCCAUAGCGGUGUCCAAGGCGAAGUUCUGGGCAGUAGAGUCGGCAGCGAUUCACGGAACUGGGAAGAUGGACUUGUCCGGCGCUCCUUCAAGGCCGGGGGGUGGCAACGGAAGUCCCGGACUGGCCGGGCACGUGACCGGAUGGACGCUGCUAGCUGUCGUCCUGGCAACCAAAUUUUUUAAACUGUUUUAAAAUUUCACAAACACCAAAACUCCGGCACUUUUAGUUAGUUUUUUCUGAACUUUUCUGCUAAAACAACACUAUAUUUUCAGAGGGAAGAAUGAAGAAAAGAAGCGAAAUAAUUUUCACACGUUUUACGCGAGUCAUGAUUAGCUGUUGAAGAUACUGGCGACUACCUAUAUUUUUAAACAAGACAAUGUAAACAAUCUAUGCAUGUACACAUCAGUUAUUCCUAAAGAUUUAGUUUAAAAAUGCGAUUUUAUUUAACUUGCAAAAUUGUCAGAAAAUUUUCCUGAAUGAAAAAAAUAUUGUAAUCGUGUUGUUGGGUUUUUUGUUUGUUUUAUUUUAGUUAAUUUUGUGUGUACCGUGUACGUUCAUGUUUUAUGUAACCUUAUAAUGUAUAAAAUACGACUAUCAAUAAAUUAUUUUUGUAGAGUUGUCUCUCAUUAUUCCUUGGUGCUCUGCCGUUUUUCAAAGGUGAUCUAUUUUUAGUACAUGGACAUAUUUUUCUGUCAUUUAAAUGACGCGUUACAUUUCGCUGAUUUGUCGUCAAAUUGUCCAUGUGAUCGCAAUGUAUUUCUAAAUGUAACUUUAACGUAUGUUAUUGUAUGUUUUUAUGUGCCCAAAACUAUAACAACGAUAAAUUCUUCGAAACUUUUGUCAUUUUUUAAAAAUAUUGUGUAAAUUUCUUAAUCUGUUACAAGAAAUAAAAUAAC